AUGGCGAAAACUGUGAGUUACUUUGCAACUUUAGUUCUUAUUCUUGUCGCGAUACAGGUUUGCGACGUCACCAGCGACCAGUGCGAAGAUCAGCGGGAAGCGCUUAUUGGCGAUUGCACGAUGUUCGUCAUAAAAGGAUCGUAUGCCACUCCGUUCCCGCCGUCGCAGCAGUGCUGCACGACGAUCCAAAAGUCCGACUGGACCUGCCCCUGCAAGCUUGUCAAUUCAGAACUGCGAAAAUAUAUUAGUAUGGAGAAAGUUAUUGCUUUGAACAAGUUUUGCGGUCGCCCCCUUAAGCCUGGUAGCAAAUGUGGAGAUUACGUCAUUCCAAUGCCCAGCCCUGCUCCUUCUCCGUCGUAA